AUGCUAUCUCAAGCAGGAAAAGAUGUUCUUAUAAAGGCAGUGGCUUCUGCUAUCCCAGUCUAUGCCAUGGCAUACUUCAAACUACCAAUGUCACUUUGUCAAGAAAUUAACAAGAUGUUGGCUGACUUUUGGUGUGGACAAAGCAAAACAGGAAAAAAGCAACACUGGAUUUCAUGGACUAGUAUGUGCUGUGGCAAAUCUCUUGGAGGUUUGGGUUUUAGAGAUCUUCAGAGUUUUAACCAAGCUCUUCUAGCAAAACAAGGUUGGAGGAUAAUAACUAACCCUAAUUCUUUACUUGCUCGGGUGCUGAAAGGUGAAUACUUCCAUGCUUCCUCAUUUUCACAAGCUUCAAUUAAUGGGAAUCCAUCAUGGGGUUGGCGCAGUCUCUUGUGGAGAAGGGAAAUUCUUCUUCAUGGUAUGAGAUGGCAAGUCAACAAUGGGAAUUCUAUUUUAUGCAAGGAGGACAAAUGGAUCCCACAAUCCUUCCCCAAUCUUCCUCAUGUCAAGGCUGAUGCAAAUCCUCAUAUUAAUUGGGUUUCACAAUUGAUUGACAGACCCAAUUGUAGGUGGAACUAUCAAGCUCUCAAUGAUGUCUUUCAUGAGGAUGAAAUCAGGAAUAUUAUGGCUAUCCCAAUAAGCAUGGUGGAUAGGGAAGAUAGAAUUUCUUGGCAUUUAACCCAAAAUGGUACCUAUAAUGUCAAGUCAAGUUAUCACAUAGCUCAUACUCUUAAAAUGAGCAAGAUUAUGGAGAAUGUUGCAGGUCCAAGUCUGAAUUCCCAAGCAAAUCUCAACUCCUUUUGGAAGAAAGUGUGGAGUACCCAAUUACCCCCCUAA